UAUAAAAUGAUAUGAACUAUUAUACCAUAUUAUUUUAAAUAGCAGUUUUAUAUGAAUUUUUUUUAAUUAUAUCAUAAUAAUGGUAUUCUUUGAAAAACCACCAUUACAAUUAAUAAAAGUUAGUAAAAAACAAUUGUUAACAUAAAGAUAACAAUGAUAAUUGUUAACAUAAAAGUUCUUGAGCAAAUGUAUAUCUCAUCCGAAUUAUCUUUUUAUGAUAUGUAACGUAUUAGCGAUUUGCUUACACUAAAGCUAUCGCAAGAGAUAGUUAAAUUCAGUUAAGAGAUCACGAUUUACCACUUGUCAAUAUAAGGAAGCCUUCGAUUGGAUGAAAACAUUUUAUCAUCAAGAUUUAAGCGAUGAAAAAACAUGUACGAAUGAAUAAUUCACUCAGAAGAGAAUGUGUAGUUAGAUUACAUAUAAUCACGCGUAUUUGUCUUGCACUUCCCAAUAACGCGAUUUUUCCAAACAGUUAAUAAAUCCGCAAUCGAAACAAACAUAGUGAUGCGUAAAACUAGUCAAGUAGAAUCCUUUAGCAUUCUAUUAAUGAAACCAAAUUUGCGUAUAGAAUUAUAAAUAUUAUACUUGUACAAAAUAGUUUAGGAUUUAUUUUGUGCAAUGAUCGAAAUAACGUUAAAGAUACGAUACGAUAGAUAGCUUUAAGUUGACGUCGCGGAAGUCGUUUCGCGGUAUGAAAACAGGUGUGCAGUAUGCGCGAGUAAAAACUACGAAACUAUCGUAGAAUAAAAUGAGAAAUGGAGUGAUGCGAAUCUAUACGAGUGCUUAUUAAUUGUAUACGUAUAAACGCGAAUGCGAUACGUAUGUUAUUAUAUUUGUCCGUGCGCUCGUGUUUUGAAAUUUAAGACAAAUUCAUCCGAAAUUUUUUGUGAAAAUGUACGUAACUUCACAAUAGAAAUGGGCCAGCGAUGAAUAUACUUUGUAAAUCGGUAAUGAAUCUGUAAUCAAAGAUCAAGUGUAUGUUUGAAUGUAAACAAACACGCAUAAUACAGCUGGAUGUAUCUCUAAUCUAGUAUAUUUGGAUGUAUCUUCAAUCUAUAAUGAAAAAAUAUCGUAAGUUACUUAUACUACCAUAAUUCACCUUUGCACUCUUAGAACAAUAAAGAAACAGUGUUUUGUUUUUAAAAGUAUAUAUAAUUUAUCAUUGAUGCAUUAUUUAAACGAAAGUAAAUUCGAUUGAAAUUCAAAGAACUGUAAAGCACAUUUAAUAAAUCUCGCGCAUAACUGUUACACACAUUUUUUCCAUAUAAAAAAAAAACAUUUUCCAUAGAUGUCAACAUAUUCUUUAAUUUACUUUAAAAUGCUAUCUUUGAUUAGAUAUCUAAAUAAUCGUAAAUUUUUGAGUCUUAUUUGUAUUCCUAUUGCUGCUGUUGGAUAUUAUAUAGAAGGACUUCUAUCUGAUCGUUAUACACCUCCAACUGCACCAAUAAUGGAACAACGUGAAGAAAGAUUAUUAGCCAAUAUGAAUUCUAUGCCUGAUGAAAAAAGGCAUUCUCCAUUGGAAAUUAAUCUUCCACCGUCAUUAUCUGUAUAAUUAUUAGCAUAAACUAAGUAUAUGAUCAAAAAAAUGUAUAAUAUAAAGAAAAAAUUUAGUUCCAUUCAUAUAAAAUCAAAAA